AGUAAAUCAUUGAACAAAGCUGGGUCGUCUUCUCUCACUACCAUCUCGAACUUGUUGAUACCCAGAGAGAGAAGGAGAGGACGGCGGAAGAGAGAAUGAGAGAUUGAGAAAGGUGGCGGGGCGGGAGAGACAGAAUAGGGAAAAUAUUUCUUCCACUACUUCAGUUUCCCGGGAAACUUUACCUUGGCGCCAAAAUUCGUCGCUCCUAAAACCACCCGCCGGCGCCGGAAUUGCACUUCAACGACGGCAUACUAAGUUAUAUUUGCCCCCAAACUACCCUAUGGGCAGAUUACCCGGUUUUCGCCCUCCACAAUUCUCUGAGGAGGAUGCGUGGUUGCCUGGUUGGCUUCAGCAAGGCAAUGACGAAUGGUUGGAUGUUGAGAGCACGAAGGAAGAUCACAUUACAUUUGAGAAGCGUGUUGAGGAAUUAAGAGACUUUAACAGUGGAGAUUCAUUGAGGGACAAAGGUGGAUGUAAUGUUGGUCAAUUAUUUAUAUCCGGGACUGACAGUUCACCCUUCAGUUGUGCUCAAUCUGCUAACGAUGUGGUACAUUUUCAUCUUUGUCUGUCGUCAGAUGGCGAUUCAGAAAAUGCAGCUCUAAGUAAUGAUGCAUGUGAAACAGAGCCUAAUUAUCCUGCUGUGGCUCAACCUCUCGGAACUUUAAAAAUUCAGAAGAAUGCUAAUUUAAGUACAUAUCCGCAUGCUGGUGCAGUAAACUGCACUCAAACGGUAGAGUUGGAGAGAGAUGAUAAAAAAAUCGAAUUGCUGAAGCUUAAUGACAAUGUACAUUUCUCUGGAGCUGCUUCUGAUGCCGUAGAGCUGUGUAUUGCAGCAUCUGAAGCACUGGUAAUUAAUGAAUUGAUCGACAGUGAUUCACUUGAAAAAUCUUCCUCAGCUUCAGCCAUACUUGAAGCUUCUCUUAAGCUAAAACAAGCACGGUUGGAAGUCUGGAAAAACACCUUUGCUAACUCAUUUUCCGUGACAAGUGAUAUGGAUUAUUUAUCUGACUUGGAUGAUAUAUCUAUGGAAAGUGUGUAUGAAGAUGCUGGGAUUCACUUAAGUGAGUUGCCUGGAAAUGAGUUAAGUAUAUCUCAUGUUAAGGAUACUUUGGAAUCUGAGCAUAAUGAAGAAGUAGAACAUAUGAAUACCAUUGCUUCUGCCAGAAUUUAUGACAAUCCUGGUAUCUAUAAUUUUGACAAUGACAUACAAUUGAGAAAGGAUUUGGCUGCCAUAUAUAGUGGCAGUGAUGCACAAGAGAAUGUAGAUUGUAGUCCAGCUUGUGAUCAGGGCACUGAUGCUGGACACUGCAAUGAUCGCUCGAGGGCUGUUAAUUUUCCGGCACACUGCCAUCCUUCAGUUUCAGAAGAGGAAGUCAACACAGUCACACCAGAAAACAAUCCACGUGAAAGUUAUGUGAGCUCUUCUCCUAUUAUGAGUCUUCGAGAUGGGGAAAAAGAUUAUUGUCAACCAAAUAUAGUUCGACAAAGGUUCCAGAGCCGCUGGCUUGGUGGUUGGUCAAGCAACAAUGAAGUGAUAUGCGCCACUAAGAAAUACAGCAUUCCAAAACCUUUUGUUGGUCAGACAAGCUUUUUUUCAGAAUCUGCAUGUACUGCUCCAGAUGUGAACUCCUUUGUCCAGAAUCAUGAUAAACAGGCUGUAAAAGCUUCUCAACUGAGCAUACGUAGUGAAAAUUUCUCUAACCGAGGAAAUGAUGGGAUGUUACUUUCUCAAGAUGUGGGAUCUUCAAGUGCAUCUUUGGUGGACCCCCUUUGCUCUGUUGUGCCAUCUAGUAUUCCUGAAAAUCUAUGUUCCUCACCAACUCUAAACCUCAGAGACCCAAUUGUUCCUAUUACAAUUGAAUAUAAGAAAGACAAAUCUUUGGUGGACCCCCUUUGCUCUGUUGUGCCAUCUAGUAUUCCUGAAAACCUAUGUUCCUCACCAACUCUAAACUACAGAGACCCAGUUGUUCCUAUAACUACUGAAUAUAAGAAAGACAAUGUGCUGGGCGCCCCUUAUUUUCAGAAUAUACCAGCUGAAGAGGAAAAUAUUGCCAGGCAAACAGCUGAUAACAAUGACUCAGGGAAUAAAGUUUCUAGGCGAUCAGCUUCUCUUAGGGAUUAUAGUGUGUUGUUGCCCAGCCACACUACGCUUUCUGGAAGAGAUAGUCAUGAGAAACAUUCAUUUCUGAUGGAGAAGAACUUUAAGUUGACUUUCCAGGAGUCAAAUUCUAGAAGUAGGGAAGAAGCUGUGAAGGCUGGGCCUGAACUACAAAUUCUAAAUAAAGAAAAUAGUGCUUGGAGUCUAUCUCCUGUAGUUAACUACAGAACAGAGUCCCACUUCCAUGCUUCUAUUUAUUGUAAGCAAAAUUUUGUUGAAGAAAAUCCAAUUGGGACAGCACAACCAGAAAACUUGGUGAAGCACUUGCCCUGUGAGAACCUUCAGCCAAAGCUAUUACAAUGUGAAAAUCAAAGUGCCCAAAAGCAACCAACACAGAAACGAGUUCACUUUUCUGAAAAGGAAACUAAUAUUCCAGACAACAAAAAAGCUUGGAAAUUGCAAACUGCAUCAAAACCUUGCUAUUCUACUAGAGCUGCAAAAAGGUUAACUAGAUCCAGUGCUCAUCUUGAGUCUAGAGCUCAACAGAUGGACAAAUUUUUAAGAGUGAACUUGGAUAAGAAGAAGAAAAGGUUGAUAUUUCAAUACAUGGAAUUUUUGCUUACUGGAUUCUCUCAGCAAAAGGAAAAGGAAAUUGACAGUCUCAUUAGAAAAUAUGGUGGCAUAGUCCUCCCUCAAAUUCCAUCUGCAAACGCAAAGGGAAAGAGAAGCUCUAGGUCUAAGUCUCGGGGCCUUCCAAUUGUUUUAUGUUUAAAGAAGAUACAAUCAGUCAAGUUCUUGUACGGAUGUGCUGUGAAUGCACAUGUACUGAGAGUUAAUUGGCUUAUUGAUUCCAUUGCAGCAGGUUUUGUCUUGCAGCCGAACAGGUACAUGAUCCUACCCAGAAAUAUUAGCAGAAAUGACCAAGUUUAUACAGCUGUCAAGUACAAUAUUCAUUCUCUUGUCUUUAACAAUCUUGGAGUCAUGCUUCAUGGAAAGACCAAAUAUUUUACAAACAUUACCACCAUUGUCAAGCAUGGUGGUGGGCAGGUUUUCAAAACUCUGCAAAGUUUGAUACAGACUCUUGAGUCUGGGAGAAUUUCAAUGGCUGUACUUGUUGCUGAGGAGGAGACCUGUGCUUCUCGUCACUUGAGACACUGUGCCAUGGAGCAGAAUAUACAUGUAACGUCAAUUUACUGGAUCAUAAAGUGCUUAUACGCCGGACAUCUUAUUCCUUUGGAGGAGAAAGGGAAUUCAUGGCGUCCACCUGCUAUUCAGCUUCAAAGGCACCUAGAACCCAUGGAAUUAAGUCAAGAAAUAUGAACUUUGCCAUUGUGAGGUCUUGUAAGUGCAAUACUUGAGAACUGCAACCUUCCAUGAGCACUGGAGUUUCUAAAUGAGCUAUACAAUCGGAGAGCGGUUUUGGUCCUUGAGGUUCUAAUGCUUCAUGUAAUUCCAAUAUUUCGAAACGAGCUUAAUUUGAACUCUUGGAUCAAGAAGCAGCUAAAGCUCAGCAAAAAACUAAAAAGAUUGGCCUUCUUAAUAUG